UGGUAUGUGCCAUGUCUAGCUUCACUUGAGACCCUCCAAGAAUUAUGUAGGAAGGAAAAUCUCAGAUGUAAAUCCAUUGGAAUCACCAACAGGAAUCUAAAGAGUUAUGAGGUGGAAUAUUUGUGUGACUACAAGGUAGAAGAGGGCACAGAAUACUAUCUUGUGAAAUGGAAAGGAUGGCCAGAAUCUUCAAAUACUUGGGAACCUCAGAAAAAUCUGAAAUGCCCGUUGCUUCUGCAGAACUUUCUCAGUGACAAGAACGAAUACUUGUCGCGGGUGAGAGAAGGCAAAGCACUGGAAGUGAGAAACCAUGUUAAAGCUUUGAAACCUGCCGUUGCAGAUUACAUUGUAAAGAAGGCUAAGCAAAGAAUAGCUCUGCAGAGAUGGAAAGAGGAACUCAACAGGAAAAAGAAUCAUAAAGCAAUGAUUCUGGUAGAAAACACUGUGGAUCUCGAAGGCCCUCCUUUAGACUUCUACUACAUUAAUGAGUAUAAACCUGCUCCGGGAAUAAAUGUAAUAAAUGGAAUAACAACUGGCUGUGAGUGCACUGACUGCCCUGCUGAGAAGUGCUGUCCAAAGGAGGCUGGAUUUAUUUUGGCUUACAAUAAACGAAAGAAGUUGAAAAUCCAGCCUGGCUUGCCCAUCUAUGAAUGCAAUUCGUUCUGUAGGUGUGGGCCUGACUGCCCUAAUAGGAUAGUACAGAAAGGGACACCGUAUUCUCUCUGCAUCUUCAGAACUAACAAUGGCCGUGGUUGGGGCGUAAAAACCCUCCAGGAAAUUAAAACCAACAGUUUUGUGAUGGAGUACGUUGGAGAGGUGAUUACAAGUGAGGAGGCAGAGAGGCGAGGACAGCUCUAUGACAACCAGGGAAAUACAUACUUAUUUGAUUUGGACUAUGACUCAGAUGAAUUUACAGUAGAUGCGGCUCGAUACGGAAAUGUGUCCCACUUUGUGAAUCACAGCUGUGAUCCAAAUCUUCAAGUCUUCAAUGUGUUCAUUGAUAACCUCGACUUACGUCUUCCUCGAAUAGCACUGUUUUCUACACGAACCAUCAAGGCUGGAGAGGAGCUCACCUUUGACUAUCAGAUGAAAGGUUCAAUAGAUCUGACUUCAGACUCUGCUGAUGGUCUUAGCCCAUCCAAAAAGAGGAUCAGAACUGUCUGUAAAUGUGGAGCUGUGUGUUGCAGAGGUUAUCUCAACUGAGUCCGGGUAUCCAAAGUCACAAGUACUUCGUUCUCUUUUACAUGUGUUUUAAGAAGAAUCUUCUUUCACACGUAUAUUCACAUAUUCUUAUGUCUAAUGUAAAUAAAU